GGUACGGCCAUGUUGCGGCCGCGGACGGCGGGAAAUCGCGGCCGCCCAUGGGAGGCGUGCGGCACCGGCUCGAGGAAAAAGGACGGGGAGAUGCGCAGGUUGGGCGGGGAAAAGAGAGGGCCGCGAGGCGGCGCGACGCAGAGGGCGUGCGGCCUCGCGGACGCCACGCACUCCUGCCUCGGUCGCGUCGACGGGCGGCCGGGAUCGCGCUCCUCGCCACACUGACUCCGCACGCUGCCUACACAGACUUUUCUCUUGCGUUUUUCGCCGCGCCGGUACCGGCGGGCACGUGAUACCUGUUUUUUCUCUCUCGCUCGACUGUGACAGCCGGGUGUCGCGUGCGAUCGCACUUUUCCCGCCACUUUUAGUGGAAAUCGGACGGCUCACAAGUUUUUGGCGCGAAAUGUGUACGGAUGGUUCCCAGUGUCAGAAGCUAGAAUGACUGCACGGUUUGUUUGUGAAAAGUCGUUGGAGCUGUGUUAGCCGGUCUAGUAGCUGUAAAAGUCGUAAUAAUGGAUGACUGGGAGCGGCACGUGACGCCUCUCCUGCAGGAUAUGGGCUGCCCCAGCGAGGAUGCUCAGGACGACUUCUUUAACCAACAAGACUUGCUCGUGGGCAGCAGCGGGGCGGGCGCGGGCGGUGCGGCCACGUCGCCGGACGGGGGCUCCAACUCGGCGCCUCCUCUGUCACCCGGCGGCUCCGCCGUGGCCGGCGGCGCGCUGUCCCCGGGCGCCGGCAGCCACGCCAGCACCCCUGCAGCCUCCUGCUGCGACACGCCGCGCCCCAUCAUCACCGACCCCGUCUCCGGCCAGACAGUCUGCUCCUGCCAGUACGACGGCGCCCGCCUCGCACUCUCCUCCUACCCCCGGCUCUCCAGCGCCGCCGUCGGCGUAUACGGCACGCCGUACCCCUCCACCGACCAGAACCCCUACCCUAGCAUCGGCGUCGACAGCUCGGCAUUCUACUCCCCAUUGAGCAACCCUUACGCACUGAAGGAGGGCGGCGGUGAGAUGUCGGCGUGGACGUCCGCGGGCCUGCAGCCCUCGGGCGGCUACUACCCCUACGACCCCACGCUCGCGGCCUACGGAUAUGGAGCGGGGUACGAUUUAGCGGCGAGACGGAAAAACGCCACGCGAGAGUCUACCGCCACGCUCAAGGCGUGGCUGAACGAGCACAAGAAGAACCCGUACCCGACGAAGGGCGAGAAGAUCAUGCUCGCCAUCAUCACCAAGAUGACGCUCACGCAGGUCUCAACGUGGUUCGCCAACGCGCGCCGCCGCCUCAAGAAGGAGAACAAGAUGACGUGGGAGCCCAAGAAUAAAACCGACGACGAUGACGACACCAUGCUUUCCGACGACGAAAAGGACAAAGAUGAACAGGACGACAAAAUCAAACCCCAUAAAGAUGAGGAGAGGAAAGGCGACGAGCUGCUGCAGGGGAUGCACCACCAGCUGCUGGGAUACGGUAUCAAAGAGGAGGCGAAAAGGGGAUCCGACUGCGGCGUGCCAAUACCGGCGUCGAAGCCCAAGAUAUGGUCAUUGGCAGACACAGCGGCGUGCAAGACGCCGCCGCCAGCGGCGCAGCCAUGGCCACAGCAUGCGUACGGCGCGGGGCCUGAGCGCGGCGCAGACAGUGGCUCCAACGGGUUCGCACUGCCUGCCACGGCAGCUGCCAGCCCCGCCACUGGUUCAUACGGCCGGUACGGUGGCUUCCCGGGCCAGUAUGGCGCGCAGCACCCCUGUGUGCACCCCGCCGCCUUUCCCGAUGUGCAGACUGACACGCCGCCGCAGACGCCGCCCAACAUGAAAGUGCCCAGCGUGGCCAACCCACUUGGCAGCGGCGGCGGUGCGCCCUACUGCUUCCCGCGCCACCAACAAUCACCGCAGCGCGACCCCUACCACAACAACCACCACCCUGCAAACCAUCAGCCCAACCAGCCCCAUCACAAUGAAGGCUCGGCCGCGUUCAAGCCCUUUUAUAAAAGUUCACUACAACACCCCAACGGUUUCGUGCCGGCCGUCUGAAAGCGGACCGCUCCACUGGCGGUAAAGCAAGUGAAGCGGGUCGCUGCGCCGCGUCUCGGACUCUGGGCAGUGUUCAGUGUUUCAGUCCGUGACGUCACGUCAUGCCGAUUAGGACACUAUGAAAAGCACUAGCCCUUCCUUAGGCUCAAAUACGAAUGAUGGUCGUCGACCCAUUGUAAUUUGUAAUCUAUUUGUUUGGUGCAUUGACAUGUAAUUACAUUGAAUGGUGUACUUCGAAUCCCUAAAUGCACAGAAUUGUAGGUAUCUUAUGAUAUUGUAAUUUUGUUAUCUGUACUUGAGUUCAGAUCGAAGUUUGUCGACUUUCGUCCUACUUUGUACUUAAAACGAAUCACUGUACGAAAUCAAUAUUGCUCAGUAUUUUUAUAGAUAUAAGAGUAUUACGGAAAUAUAAGUAAAUUAUUUGUAUAUUUGCAAGGCUCGGCGCCGCGGCUCGGCGUGUAACUUGUGGCUUGGGUGUGGCCGGCGCUGGUACUGUUGUUUUACUAAGUUCUUCCAACUUUCAUUUGUCUAAAUGUAAUUUCAAAGCAAUAAGUUAUUGAUUAGUUCAGGUGCCAGACAGUACUUUUACUAGUUCAUAAGAUAGAGUACGCUCAGUACGUAGGCAGUAAGGGAAGCAUAGUUUGGUUUCGUACCUUAAAUCGUAAACUAUUGUUUAUUUUUGUUAAAAAGAACUAUAUGAAUAAUCGAUAAACAACCAUCGGUUCGGUUAUUGUUGUUGCCCUUGUAUAUAAAAUGUUUUGUAGAUUUUCUAUUUUUAGUUUCUCAAAAAGUGUACAAAGUAAUUAGUAUGUUUUCGCCACUUUCGACGUUGUUGAUGACACUCGGAAUGAUCUUUAUAAAUAUUGUUUAAAAGUAUUAUUAGUAUACCUUGUAAAUAUAUUCAGAAUAACGGUUUAUUUUUACAUAUUGUUUGCGGUCACUAGGGAUCUUCGGUCAACGUAAUGUGUGUUGUAUUCAAAUUGUAAUCGUCCGUUUUAAAGUUAAAAUGAGUUGAGAUUAAUGAAUGAGUUAUCUGAUGACCAAUCGAUUGUGUGAUAGUCACAUCCACUUACGGGUCGCGCGUCGCAGGCGUGACGCGCACUUUUAAUUAAUGUCACUGUAAAAUGAUAAUCAAUUUUACUAAUAUACGUGUUCGUAUGUUGAAAUCACAAAUGACGAAUACUAAGCAUUUUUAUUGAGUCAUGCUGUUCCAAUAGCAAGCUAUUGCACCUAUUUCACGAGCAGGGCCCGUUUCAUGAAAGCCUGAAACAUCAGCAGUUAUAUAAUACCUAAUACAAGCGCAAGACUUUCUCAAACUUUUUUCCUUAUUUUAUUAUGUACAAGCAUCCGAUUACUAUACAAGUUACAAGCUGUUAGAAAACGUGCCCCAUGUAUAUUGGGAAAGGCGCCUCACCUUUUGCAACCUUCAAUUUCGAUUUAGUCAAUUAAGAAAUCAAAUCAGAGCAAAAGGUAUUAAUGCUUAUAAAUGUUUUAAAGUAAAAUCUAAGCCGGACAUGACUUACAUCAGAUAUGAAAUUAGUGAAUUUACAACAGCAUGCAAUAUACCAAUCUGCAAGCGUUUUCCAUGUCCCGAGUGAAUCGACGCAAACGACGAAUUAACUCGAUGUAUAAAGUGCACAUUCCUCAAGACCCUUGACUCUUAUUGUUUUCUAAAAGUCAUAUUAUUCGUUUAGUUUAGUGUUUUAUGCAUCGAGCUACUUCUUAAUGUAAAGGGGACAAAAUGGACGUAUUUGAUUUUGUAGCACGGACGUUGAAGGGUCACUGACAUUAUUUCAAGUUAUUUCGAAGGCUUACGUCUAAACGGAACAACGCAGAUAGUAAACAAAUUUCAACGUGACCAAAUCGAAUACAUUCGCUUAAUAUUAAAUGUUCUAUAUAGUUAUUUAUAGAAUAUUAUAUACCUAUUAAUUAUUAUUAUGAGUAACAUUAUGUAAUGAUUGUAAUUAAAUCUUUAUUUCAAA